AUGGCUUCUGGAGCUCCCCCCAACUACUAUGCUAUCCUUGAAGUAAAUGAGAAUGCAAGUACACAACAGAUUCGAGAUGCCUACAAGCGCGCUGCUUUAAAGACGCAUCCUGACCGUGUCGCUGGUGAUUCCCCAGAGCGAGCCGAGCGGACUCGCAAGUUCCAGCUCGUUAACGAUGCCUACUUCACCCUCUCCGAGCCCACACGCCGUCGUGAGUACGACGCCCAGCGCAAGCUCUUCAAUACUGGCACCACCCCCACAGAUCCCUUCGAUGACAUCCCCGAGACAGAAACCGAGGGCGGGGCUGGACCACGCCAGAGCCCAUACUCAUGGGCAUGGAACUUCUUCACCAACCAAGCCACAGGGGGUCAACCCCCUCAGGACCGUGGACAGACCGAGAAUGCGCAGUUCGGUGAUGUGUUUGAGGAGAUGAUGCGCGAGGAGGGCAUGGCCGAGGGCGGGGAUAACCACCCUACCGGCAGAUUCUGGAGUAUGCUGGGUGGUGCUAGUGGUGGCGCCCUAGGCUUUAUCGUUGCCAACGUGCCAGGUCUCGUUGCGGGCGCCGUGGCAGGAAACAGGUUGGGAGCUGUUCGUGACGCCAAGGGGAAGAGCGUGUACUCUGUGUUCCAGGAACUUCCUCAGAACGACAAGUCAAGACUGCUCAGCCAGUUGGCUGCCAAGGUGUUUAGUCACGCUGUCGGUAUUUGA